AUGGCUACCGCAGCGGGAUCGAGUCCUGCCAAAACCCACAAGGGUAUUUUUUCGAAGCGUACUGGCACCGAAAGAAUUCCCCUCACCCCCUCACCUCGAAACUCUCUCAACUUCAACUCUUCUCCGUUCACUCCUGAGAAUGCCAAGGCUUCCAAACCUACCUAUAGCGGGAACUUGAUGGCUCACUAUGGGCGAGCAUCAUCUACUACUAACUCUCAGCGAGAACUUCAACGAGGCUCUCUGCGAGAUUCCCAGCAAGAGCCUCAACGAGAAUCUCAUCGAGACUCUUCCAAGUCCAAAGCUCUGGCACUCGGAGUGUCUGACUACGCACUUACUGGUACCAACCGUUCCACGAGUCCUCCUGCUCCAAAGAAGAAGACAUCGCUUCGACAGAAGCCUAGCAAGACGACAGUGAACUACGCCGGCGACCGUUUCAUCCCCAACCGUACAGCCAGCUCCGCAAUCGCCAAUGCGGGAUCGAGCAAAGCUAAUGGCCCUGAGAGAAAGAAGAGAUCCAAGCCCAGCAGCUCGGAGAGGCCGUCAGCUUCUGAUUCCGGUGAGGAUGAUGGAGAAGCUGCUUCUGCUCUGGAGGGCCUGAGCAUCCUCGACGAUGAUGAUGAGGAUGAGGGCUAUGUCCGCCCCUCCCCAAAUACUGUGGCCUAUCAAGAUUCUCUUGCCGAUGCCUGUGGUGUGAGCCUCAAGACUCGUAUCCUGGAGUAUAAGCCCGCUGCGCCGGAAUCAUCCAAGCCCAUCGACCUCCGCCAGCAGUACAAUAGACCUCUCAAACAGGCCACUUCUAGCUCUGCGCAGGCUCGUCGACGCAUUGCUACCGCGCCUGAGCGUGUUUUGGAUGCACCUGGUCUGAUUGACGAUUACUACCUCAAUUUGUUGGAUUGGAGCUCUGGUAACCAAGUUGCUAUCGGUCUGGAGCGCAGCGUUUAUGUCUGGUCGGCAGAUGAGGGUAGUGUCAGCUGCCUGAUGGAGACGACGCCCGACACGUACAUUAGCAGCGUCAAGUGGUCCGAGGAUGGUGCCUAUGUCGGCGUUGGUCUCGGCACAGGCGAGGUCCAGAUCUGGGAUGUAGCUGAGAGCCAAAAGAUUCGAAGCAUGUUUGGACAUGAUACCCGUGUUGGCGUCAUGGGCUGGAACAAGCACCUGCUUUCUACUGGCGCCAGAAGCGGACUCGUUUUCAACCACGACGUUCGAGUUGCUGAACACAAAAUUGCUGAGCUGGUCUCACAUACCUCUGAGGUGUGCGGCCUCGAAUGGCGGUCUGAUGGCGCUCAACUUGCUACCGGCGGCAACGACAACUUGGUCUCCAUCUGGGACGCUCGCUCACUGUCUGUGCCCAAGUUCACCAAGGCCAACCACAAGGCGGCAGUCAAGGCGCUCGCAUGGUGCCCUUGGAACUCCAACCUACUUGCCACCGGCGGCGGUUCAUAUGACCGACACAUUCACUUCUGGAACUCCACCACGGGAGCGCGCGUCAACAGCAUCGAUACCGGCUCCCAAGUUACCUCUCUCCGCUGGAGCCCUCAUUACCGCGAGAUCGUAAGCUCAAGUGGCUUCCCCGACAACUCUUUAAGUGUCUGGAGCUAUCCCACCCUGGUCCGCAAUGUCGAGAUCCCUGCCCACGAGAGCCGUGUCCUCCACAGCUGCCUCAGCCCCGACGGCCAGAUGCUGGCCACUGCUGCUGCUGAUGAGAGCUUGAAGUUUUGGAAGAUCUUUGAGAAGAAGGCCGGAUCGAGUGCCAGUGCUGGAGGCGCAGGAGCAUCUGGAAAGGCCGGGAUGGCCAAGCAGAUGACAAUUCGCUAA